AAAAUUUGCAUUCGAUUAAUCCAGUAGGAACCGAGCGAUCGGGCUGAGUCGAAACUGAGCCAGACCGGUGGGAUGUGAUUUUUGAUCAUCGCAACAGAAAGUAAUCACCCGCCAAAGCCAUCGCGACCAACCUAUUAAGCCCUAAACCUUCACCACUUCUCCGCAGGCGCAUUUCGUCGAACAUUUCUAGGGCUCAAAAUUCGUUGCUAUCCUUCAGUCGCCCAAGCGAGCAUGGACAUGGAUCUCGACGAUUUCGACGAUGGCCCGAAACAGGGCCCGACCCGGGCUUCUCGCUUCGCGCCUAAGGGCUCAAAAUUCCAGCCCAAACCCAAACCCAAGCCGAAAACCGAACCGCCAUCGUCGUCGGCAUCUUUGUCACUGCCCGCGCCCAAGAAGGAAGAAGUCGAUGUCAAGCCCGAGAUAAAGCCCGAACAUGAGAACGGCGCAGUUGCAAUGGAUGUUGAGCUAAACCUCAGUGAGAAAGAAAUGGAGGUGGCAGGUGAAUCAGUGGAUACUGAAUUAGCGGAUGGAGAUGGAGAUGAAGAUGAAGUUGUUCGAGAAAUCGAUGUCUAUUUUGCUCCUUCGGUUGAUCCUGAGACUCGGUUAUAUCUGUUUCAAUAUCCACUUAGGCCGCUAUGGCGGCCAUAUGAAUUGGAUGAUAGAUGCGAAGAGGUGAGAGUGAAGCCAACAAGUGCAGAAGUGGAAGUUGAUUUAGCCAUUGAUGUUGACUCCAAGAAUUAUGAUGCUGAUGCCGAUCCCAGGUUGAAGAUGAAGAAGCAGACUCUUGCUCCAUCAUGGAAGCCACCUCAAACCAAUGGAUACACUGUUGGUGUUCUUAAUGGAAAUAAGUUACACUUGAAUCCUAUUCACGCAGCCGUGCAACUUCGACCAUCGAUGUCUCAUCUUGAUGAGACGGAAUCUAAAAAGAAGACUGGCGUUUCCAAGAAUGUUGAGGAUGCGGUGAAGUCAGAAGUACAGCAGGAAGCGAAACCUUCUGGCAUGUCAAAGAAGCAGAAAGCACCGGAGCAGACCAAGGAUAGUGUAGAGAGCUGGAUUCCUCUCAAGUACCACAGCGUGAGGAGUGGCAUAACAGCAGGAUACCUUCAAAAACUGAUAGCACGAGAAGGCUCCCAGAUUUCCUUUUCCAUGAGCUCGGAUGAUUAUCUGAAUAGCUUGUGCCCUGGCAUUUCCGGUGACAGUUUGAGUUCCAAAGUUCCUCCAAGAAGGUCCUUGCUGGCUAAACCACUAAAAGAAAGGUUUAAAACUUGGCUUCUUGAGGGCUCUCCACUUCAUAGAUUCGACACUCUGAAGUACCUAGCUCCAGAUGAGCCUAUUGAAGAAGUGUUAGCAGUCUUGCAAGAACUUGCUGUGUUAGUUCAAGGACUAUGGGUUCCAAGAACCUCAUUGGUGUGUGGAACUGAGGGAGUUAAUGUUUUAGCUAGGAAUUUUGUUCUUCUUCUAUUUAGCAAGGAUGUUAUAAUUAAGGAUAGUCAAAUACCUAAAUCGCCUCUACUGUCUAAAGCAAUGAAAGAAGUCCUGCAUGGAUUGGCUACAAAGAGACCUAUCUUUAAAGACUGGAAACUAAAAGAGCUUCCAGAUUUGAACUUCAUAAAACUCUAUCCUGCAGUUGUAAAGAAACAACAGGAACAGUGGGAUAAGGAGGAAAUGUUUAUUGGUGAUCGUUUUUCUGGAGGAAGGAACGGGCCUGUUGUGAAGACCUCAAAAUCUAAUACUCCGGCGAACCUUGUCGGAUCAAAAGGUUCCAAUAAACUAGCUGCAGGGACUUCAAGUGGAUCAACGCCGAGAAAUGUGAUGUCGGAAGAAGUUCGCGAGGCUUUAAGGAAAGCCCUUCAGAAACUUUUUAAAACUACAAAGACUUGCAGUUAUCAACAAAUUAGCCAGCGGCUAAGGGACAUGGCGGUUUCCGAGUCUGCACGUUCAAAAGGAUUUGCAAAAGAGGCUGUGGCUGCAGCAAACAGCAUUGAUGCUUUUCCAGAUGAGCUUCAGGCAAUUAUCAAUGAAGUAGCUGUUAACAUUCAUGGCAUCUGUGUUCCAAAAUCAUCACCAGAUCAUCCAGAAUAUGAUGAUCUGAGGAAACUUGUCAUCGAUCUUUUUCUUGGUGAAGGACCAAAUGCAAAGCUUAAAAAGGCUCAAAUAGCUGAGGCUGCAAAACAGAAACAUAUGGACAUGAGUGAGGCUGCGUAUAAAAAGGUCUUGCAUGAAUUUUGUGAAUCUAAUGGCUCUGCAUGGAUCCUGAAGAGUGCUAAUUCAAAUUGAUAGUGUUGAAGUUUGCGUGAAAAGUUCACCAAGUAUUGUUUGAGGAAACAGUUGUUGUGAUUGACGACGCCACGCAAGAUGGGAAAACGCUGCGAGUAAACCUGUGUCUAGAGAUUUGAUUAAACAAGGGAAUGUGUACAGUUGAAAUAGAGAUUAGGCUUGUGUUGCAAAUGGUUAUAACAACAGUGCAUUGAUACUUAGUUAGCUUAGUAGUUAACAGUUAAGAGACUAACAAGCUGUGAUUAUUCGAAAUUCAUUUUUUUGUAUUGGAUUGAAUGGGUUGCUCUUGUUUCAUUCCAUAAGGCAAAUAUAUUGUACAUGUUCUUAGAUUGCUGAACUAAA